CCGGGGAGCCGCUGCAGCGGGGACGGCGGCGGGAGCAGCCUCGAGCCGCACAGCCGGCUCCCGCGCGUUGCCGAGGCUCGGAGGAGCCGCCGCGGCUGACAGGGGCCCCGCGCCGGGGGUCGCAGCCUCCACACCUGCGCGGGCGGCGGGCGCAGGGUCCGGCCAAGCCGCGGGCGGGCGAGCGACCGAGCGAGCGAGCGAGCGGGCGGGCGCAGAGGAGAGCGUGCGGCUGCAGGCAGGGGCCCCCCGCUCGGCCACCUCCUCGCCCCGCGGCCGCCGCUGGAAGAUGUCUCAGGACAGGCCCACGUUCUACCGGCAGGAGCUGAACAAGACCAUCUGGGAGGUGCCCGAGCGGUACCAGAACCUGUCCCCCGUGGGCUCGGGCGCCUAUGGCUCGGUGUGUGCUGCUUUUGAUACAAAGACGGGACAUCGUGUGGCCGUGAAGAAGCUGUCGAGACCGUUUCAGUCCAUCAUUCAUGCCAAAAGGACCUACAGGGAGCUGCGCCUGCUGAAGCACAUGAAACAUGAGAAUGUCAUCGGUCUGUUGGACGUGUUUACACCUGCAAGGUCCCUGGAGGAAUUCAACGAUGUGUACCUGGUGACCCAUCUCAUGGGGGCAGACCUGAACAACAUCGUGAAGUGUCAGAAGCUUACUGAUGACCACGUUCAGUUCCUCAUCUACCAGAUCCUCCGAGGGCUGAAGUAUAUACAUUCAGCUGACAUCAUUCACAGGGACCUAAAGCCUAGUAACCUAGCAGUGAACGAAGACUGUGAGCUGAAGAUUCUGGAUUUUGGGCUGGCUCGGCAUACUGACGAUGAGAUGACCGGCUAUGUGGCUACCAGGUGGUACAGGGCUCCUGAGAUCAUGCUGAACUGGAUGCACUACAACCAGACAGUGGAUAUUUGGUCCGUGGGCUGCAUCAUGGCUGAGCUGUUGACCGGAAGAACGCUGUUUCCUGGUACAGACCAUAUUAACCAGCUUCAGCAGAUAAUGCGUCUGACGGGGACGCCCCCUGCUUAUCUCAUUAACAGGAUGCCCAGCCAUGAGGCAAGAAACUACAUUCAGUCCCUAGCCCAGAUGCCGAAGAUGAACUUUGCAAAUGUGUUUAUUGGCGCCAACCCCCUGGCUGUGGACCUGCUGGAAAAGAUGCUUGUUUUGGACUCAGAUAAGAGGAUCACAGCAGCCCAAGCCCUCGCACACGCCUACUUUGCUCAGUACCAUGACCCUGAUGAUGAGCCUGUGGCUGACCCCUAUGACCAGUCCUUUGAAAGCAGGGACCUCCUUAUAGAUGAGUGGAAAAGCUUGACGUACGAUGAAGUCAUCAGCUUUGUGCCACCGCCCCUUGACCAAGAAGAAAUGGAGUCCUGAACACCUGGUUUCUGUUCUGUCAAUCCCACUUCACUGUGAGGGGAAGGCCUUUUCAUGGGAACUCUCCAAAUAUCAUUCAAGUGCCUCUUGUUGAAAGAUUCCUUCAUGGUGGAAGGGGGUGCAUGUAUACACAUAGUGUUUGUGUGUUCGUGUGUGUGUGUGUGUCUGUCUGUCUGUCUGUCUUUGUGGAUGGAAGUCACUGUGAUAGCAGUGACCUCGUGAGUCGUGAAUGCUCUUUGGCAGCCUCUGCCUGCUUUCUCAGAGUCUGGGCAGGCAGAUGGGAACUGCUAUCUUGUUAGGGAUGUAUUAAGUGCAAAGUAAGAAAUAUUAAAAUAUCCCUGUUCUCAAUUACACUUUGGCCCCGCCUUUCCCACACACCACAGUGGUACAGAGAGGCCGUGUCCGUCCCCCCGCCAUGCAGACAGCCGAAGAGGACCGACUAGCUCCCAGGCCCUAGCCUGUGAUUGGCUUACUUACUAACUAAAGUGGUCCUCAGAGCCUGACAGGUGUGUCAGUCUGUUUGUGCCUUAAAAGGAAAAGGACGCUUAGAUAGUUACAGAACCGCAGCUGCUGACGUUCUGAGCCAGGCGAGUGCACGGGGCUGUUGGGUGGCCAGUGGUGAGCUGGAAGAAUCAAGGCAGCCUUCAGGGAGGCUGCGUGUGUGUCUGUCUGUCUGUCUGUCUGUCUGUCUGUCUGUGUCCACCGCCUGCCCGCCCGCCCUCUCCCGGGAGCGAGUGGUAUCUAUGCUUACCCUUCACCUCAGUGCAGAGGUCUCCAGUGCCAGGCGCAGGUUCCCGCCGUCACCCGCUUCCUGUGUGCUCUUCACAUCUAGCAGAGUGCAGGUGUUUGCAUGCCGUGCUCUUGGAGCUGCAUAGCCCAUGUCUGUCCUCGGGAAGCCCAGGCCGGCAUGUGAAGACUUCUGGCAGUUCUAGUCCAUGUUGCCUCAGCUGAUGCCAUGGGCACACCACUGCCUCCUCACUCCAACGCUACUUUGUGUUGAACACAACUGAUCCUCCAGGUGCUGUGGUGCAAGGAGACGCAAGGACGGACAGAGCACCUGAACUCUUGCCAUCUGUCACCAAUUCAGGGGGAACGAGGCCUCUCCUGAGAAUGUCCCCAGCUCUGGAAAUCAUGUUCUCACUCGAUAACCAGCUAAGAAACGCUGAACCGCAGUGAGGACCACAGGCUCGUGAGGCCGGGACUCCUUUCACUGUCUUUCUCAGAAUAGAGUUGUUAAGAACAAAACCAGGGGGUCAGUGGCACCUCUCCUCAGAAGGGUCCUCCCAGCAGCUAGACACGGACUGAUUCUCGGUCUUGGUGUUGAUUUGGGGAGAAACAAUUUUGUCUUGGAAUUUUAUAUGUUGUAGGAAUCCUUAGAGAAUGUGAUUCCUUCUGAUGGGGAGAAAGGGCAAAUUAUUUUAAUGUUUUGUAUUUUCACCUUUAUAAAGAUGAAAUCCUCAGGGGUGAAGAACUGUUUGCAUAAUUUUCUGAAUUUUGGGCACUUUGUGCUAUAUGAGGACCCAUAUAUUUAAGCCUUUUGUGUAGUAAGAAAAUGUAAAGCCAAUUCCAGUGUUGGCCGUGACAGGUCUUGUAUUUAGGUCAAGGUGGCUCCAUUCUCUAUCAGUGCAGGGACACAUGCUCCAGGCAGGCAGGGUAGGACCCCAAAUCAUCCGGAGCCCAGAAGGAAGCAGACUGGCCAGGCUUUGCCACCUCGGUAUGCUGUUCAGCUCUUCACCAACCCAGCAACAUGCAUUGUGGUGGUCGUGUCUGGUUAGGAAGGCGAGUGAUUUCCGACAGAGUUCUGCUCGGAUUACUUUAUUGAAGAUGUCUUUGCACAUGUGACCAUGCUGUGUUAAGAGGCCAUGCUCCAGGGCCCGGACUCACUGGAGCUGGCCCGAGAGCUCCUGGCAUCCAUAGCCAAAUGCUGCCAUCUCCCAGUUUCUCUACCAGAAAACAAGGGAAUGAGGGAACUGCUGUUUUGUUUGUAUUCAUGAACUUGACUGUAGUUCCAUAUGCCAUAGGAUGUCAGACAAUACCACUGGUUAAAAUAAAGCCUAUUUUUCAAAUUCA